AAAGUCCGACCGAGUCCAGGAGGUUCUGACUCCCGAGCAGAGAGGGGGUGAGUGUCAGGGAAGCUCCUCCCCCACUGACGCUCAGGACUUUCACCUCCCUCGUGGAAACGCUCGCCCGCAAAGAAGAGGCGAGUCCUCCUUGCGCAGGAGAAAAACUCGGCUUCCGGAGCUCCUGGAGAUCCUUCGGCCGGGCGGUUUUGCCACAACAUUUUUUUUAACUUGCAGCUUUUCUGGAAGCUUCAAGGCUCCAGAUUUCAAGGUUAACUUCUCUCCCCGAAAGCUCUGGAGAAGAAAGAGGAAAGGAGCAAGAAGUAGGUCCAAGAGGCAUCUCCUUCCAACUCCACCCAGCCCCAGAAUUUUGGCCAUUUUUUCUCCUCACCCCAACUUUAGCAUGAUGUCUUAUCUUAAGCAACCACCUUACGCAGUCAACGGCCUAAGCCUCACCACCUCCGGGAUGGACCUGCUCCAUCCCUCCGUCGGGUAUCCAGCCACCCCUCGGAAACAGCGGAGGGAGCGCACCACCUUCACCCGCGCGCAGCUGGACGUCCUGGAGGCCCUGUUUGCAAAAACCCGCUACCCGGAUAUCUUCAUGCGCGAAGAGGUGGCCCUCAAGAUUAACUUGCCGGAGUCCCGAGUGCAGGUAAGGGAAGGGCUGGUGCGCGCGCCUCCCCCUUUUACUUUUUCCUCUGGAUCUCCAGGGAGCUGGGGCGGUGGGGAGGAGAUGGGGGGGAGGACGAUACAACUGGUAAGGGUCUGGGUAGGGUAGUGAAGGAGGAGGCCGAGGAAAGAAAGCGCGUGGAAUGGAGAAAGAGAUGCUGAGAUCCAGGGUGAUCUAGUACCGUGUCCUCAGCAUCCUGACUUUCCUCUCAGUCCAAGAAGCUCCUGGGAAAGAGAGGAGCUCUGAAACUCAAACCUCUCUCUUCCCACCCCAAUGGACAGAAAGCCAGCUUUCUAGGCAGGCGAAUGUUUUAAGAAAGUUUUCUUCCACUCCAUUUCCCCCCCCCUUUUCGCUACUUCAGCCUCUUUUAGCCACAGACCCUGUUAGUAACAGUAGUUGAAGGGAAUGAGAAGAGCUGUUGCUGAAUAUACGUAUCUGAAGACCCCUA